AUGGCCCCUAACGAGCACUAUUUGGACUACACCGGCUCGUCAGUGUACUGCCAGACUCAGCUCGAGAACGUGUUUUCGGAGCUGCGACAGUGCAUGUUCGGGAACCCCCACUCCGCAAACCCUAGCUCCUCCUUCACAAGCGACAGAGUGGAGGAGGUCCGGGAUAUGGUGCUCAAGUACUUCAACGCGAGCCCCGCAGAUUACCAGGUUGUCUUUACGAAAUCUGCAACCGACGCACUUAAGAUCGUUGGCGAGACAUUUCCCUGGUCUGAGGGCAGCAUGUUCAGGUACCUCCGUGAGAACCACAACAGCGUCCUGGGUAUCCGGGAGUACGCUCUCCAGGGGGGGGGAACAUUUCAGGCCGUGAAUGAGAGUUUCGUGGACCGCUGGGCCAUGAGGGGCGACAGCGCGGGGGACCACUCGCCCGCGAACACCCGCUUCCCCGCGCCCACCUACAGCCUCUUCGCCUUUCCCGCGGAGGACAACUUCGCCGGUGUGUUGAAGUACCCGCUCAGCUGGGUCCGUGGUGUGCAGUCGCGAUCCACAGACAGCCACAGGUGGCUCGUCAUGGUGGACGCGGCCGCCUACGUGCCCACACAGCCCCUGGACCUGUCCCAAACACCCAUUGACUUUGUCGACCUGUCCUUCUACAAGAUGUUCGGAUACCCCACGGGUCUCGGAGCCCUCAUCAUUAAAACCAAUUUGGUGCCACUGCUGCGCAAGGUGUUUUGGGGGGGCGGCACGGUGGCUCUCGCGACCUCUGAAGAUAACUUCCACGUACUCAAGUGCCGGCCCUCCGACCGCUUGGAGGAUGGAACGGUGGCCUUUCUGGACGUGAUCGCGGUAAAGCACGGGCUCAACAUGAUGGCCAAGCUGGGCGGCAUCGCUAAGAUCCAGGCCCACGUGGCCUGUCUGACGGAGUGGCUGUACAGCCGUCUGGCCUCGUUGCGGCACUCCAACGGGGCGCCCAUGUUGGCCAUAUUCGGGAAACACCACAUGCCGAACCACCGACAGGGAGGAAUUGUCAACUUCGAGCUUCUCAAGCCUGAUGGAUCCAUCUUCUCGUACAAGACGGUGGAGAAGGAGGCCGCGGGUGCCGGAUUUCAUCUGCGUACCGGUGCGGAGUGCAACCCGGGUGCCUGUUACAACUACCUGGGAGUGCAAGAGAGCGAGGUGGAGUCGCUGGCGGGCAAGAAGGAGGGCUGCGAGGAUGACGUUGAGUUCAUCAGGUGGGUGGAGGUGCCUCUGGGCUCGGUGCGGGCGUCUCUGGGCUGGUGGAGCACUUUCGAUGAUGUGUACGCGCUGGCGGACUGGAUUGAGCGAACCUAUAAGGACCGGACGGAGUGA